GUUAAAUAUAGCACAGACUAUGAGAGUGCAUGUGGGGGUGAAAUGUGGCGAAAGCACUUUAGCAGCAGUGGCGGCGUGAGCUCAGCGCGCACGUUGAAGGAGAAGAAAUGGGACGCGCUGGUGAUCGGUGGUGGCCACAAUGGCCUCACCGCCGCCGCAUACCUAGCCCGCUCCGGCCUCUCCGUUGCCGUGCUUGAGCGACGCCACAUCGUCGGCGGUGCCGCCGUCACCGAAGAACUCAUUCCUGGCUUCAAGUUCUCGCGCUGUAGUUAUCUCCAAAGCCUCCUUCGACCUUCAAUCAUCAAAGAAUUGGAGUUAGCGAGACAUGGAUUGAAGCUAUUGAGGAGGAGUCCGUCAUCGUUUACGCCUUGUCUUGAUGGACGAUAUCUUCUAUUAGGUCCUGAUAAGGAUCAUAACUAUUCUGAGAUUUCAAAGUUCUCUAAACGUGACGCUGAAGCUUAUCCGAGGUAUGAGGAACAACUAGAGAACUUCUGCAAGUUCAUGGAUCCACUUUUGGAUUCACCUACGCCGGAAACUCUGCAAGGUGCUUCAUCUUUUAAAGCCCAAAUGAAGAAUAAAUUAAACAAGUCAACUUUUUGGGCUCAGCGUCUGCGGCAAGCUGUCUCGUUGGGGCAAAAAGAGAUGGUGGACUUUAUGGACCUCUUACUGUCACCAGCAUCGAAGAUUUUGAAUAACUGGUUUGAGUCUGAGAUUUUGAAGGCGACACUUGGAACGGAUGCAGUUAUAGGCACCAUGGCAAGUGUCCAUGCACCGGGGAGUGGAUAUGUUCUCCUACAUCACGUGAUGGGAGAAACUGAUGGUGACCGUGGAAUUUGGUCGCAUGUUGAAGGUGGGAUGGGGUCAGUAUCAUUGGCUAUUAGUAAUGCUGCUAUAGAAGCCGGAGCUACUGUUUUGACCAAUGCUGAGGUUUCAAAGCUAAUGAUCGAGGAUUCUGGCACAGUAAAUGGGGUUUUGCUGGCUGAUGGAACAGAAGUUCAUUCUUCAGUUGUUUUGUCUAAUGCGACCCCGUACAAAACUUUCAUGGAGUUGGUGCCCGAAAAUGUUCUUCCGGAAGAUUUUGUUUGUGCUAUUAAGUACUCUGAUUACAGCUCUGGGACUACUAAAAUAAACUUAGCUGUUGACAGAUUGCCCAAGUUUCAGUGUUGCAAGUUGAGUCAUCCUGAUGCCGGUCCUCAACACGUGGGUACCAUUCACAUUGGUUCUGAGAGUAUGGAAGAGAUUGACUCUGCCUGUCAAGAUGCUAUAAAUGGAUUACCAUCGCGAAGACCUGUUAUUGAGAUGACAAUUCCUUCUACCUUGGACAAGACUAUUUCUCCACCAGGUAAGCAUGUAAUCAAUUUAUUUAUUCAGUACACACCUUAUAAACCUUCCGAAGGCAGCUGGGAAGAACCUGCAUAUAGAGAAUCAUUUGCACAAAGAUGUUUCCGCUUAAUCGAGGAGUAUUCCCCUGGUUUUAGCUCAUCAAUAAUUGGCUACGACAUGCUAACUCCGCCAGACCUUGAAAGGGAAAUUGGUCUGACAGGAGGGAAUAUCUUUCAUGGUGCUAUGGGAUUAGAUAGUUUGUUCCUGAUGCGACCUGUCAAAGGAUGGUCCAAUUACAAGACUCCACUGCGAGGAUUGUAUUUGUGUGGGAGUGGGACGCAUCCCGGUGGUGGUGUAAUGGGUGCACCAGGACGUAAUGCUGCACAUGUAGUUCUCCAAGACAUGAAGGAGGAGCCAUUGAACUGACAUUCAUGACUGAUGAAAAACAUUGUGCCCCAAGACUUGUGUCUUCGUUUCGAUUUUCAAUUUUCUAGCUCCUUUCUAAUCGAAUGUGUCCACAUGCUUCGUCAAGUAUCAUGGUCUCACUCACAUAGUAUUUUGACAUUAAAUGGUAUCAACAUCAUUUAAUAAAUCUGUCCUAUUCGCUAAUUUCUA